AUGUAUGCCACCGGUAUUGUGCGUUCUCCCAAGCACCUCAUCGACAGAAUGAACCUUGAAAAGCAUGACCACUACGUCGUCUGCUUUGCCACUAUCACACGCAAUAGCCCCGGGCAUCCAUCCAACAGAACGACGGCGACCGAAGGGGAUGUGUGUCGAUAUCACCUGUGGGUGUUCGACGCUCCGCCGCUUGUCCUCCCUGCGCUUGAGGAAGACCUUAUCGUUCUGAAUGGUCCUAGCAACAUCAAGAUCAGAUUGAGUGGCUUCGAGAAAGGAGUCCCGACAGGAUGGUUGGAGAGGAUUACCGAUAACCUAAGAGCUCGCAUACAGGCUUCUUACUAG